ACAAUUAUCAAAUGAAUUUAUUCUUUAAAAGACCAUUGGUUUCAACAAAGAUGUAGUUUUCUUACUUAAGUAGGGAUUAUUAUCAUGGCAACUAAGACAAACUUCUAUCGGAGAAUCUUGCCAGAAAUUUGCAUCAACUUUUCUUCUGAUGACGGGAAACUAAUUUUUAAAGAAGCUUUGGAUAAUGGGGGCAUGGAAAUCUUCUUUCACUUGGGACCACAGAUAAGAACACAAGAUGAACCUGCUUAUUGUGGUUUGUCCUCGCUGGUAAUCGUACUUAAUGGUCUAGCAGUUGAUCCAGGUCGAGUUUGGAAAGGUGUUUGGCGUUGGUACCAUGAGAGCAUGUUGGAGUGUUGUACUUCACUUGAAGACGUACAGAGGCAAGGAGUUACCAUCGAACAGCUGGCUUGUAUUGCAAAAUGUAAUCAACUUAAUGCUGAUGUUGUUUAUGUUGAUGACCAUGCAAGUAUUGACGACUUCAGAGAACUUGUAAAGCAAUCUUGUAGGGGAAGUUCUAUGGCUGUUAUUUGCUCGUUUGGGAGAAGAGAACUAGGCCAGACUGGUUCUGGACACUUUUCUCCCAUAGGCGGUUACCAUCCUGGGAAAGAUGUUGUUUUAGUUCUCGAACCUGCAAGGUUUAAAUAUCCGCCAUAUUGGCUUUCACUAGAAGCAUUAUGGAAUGCCAUGAACACAAAAGAUCCAACAAAUGGGGAUUCUCCAAGGGGGUACAUGAUAUUGGAAAAAUCCAAUUCCCAACCUACAUUACUGUUCAGAAUAUCACGGUAUUUUAAUGCUAUCAACCCAUUACAUGAAGAUGCUGCAGAUUUCUUGCAAAAAGCUGUUAAGUUCCUAAAGGAAAAGCCAGAAAAGCCAAACAAUUCUCAUCAAGUGAUAAAAGACGUGGCAGAAAAUUUACUUAAAAUAUCAGCAGAGCACAAGCUAAACCAUGAAAAAGGAAUACUUUUUAACACCUUCAAGAAAUCACAACUUGAAUCUAUGUCACCUGAACAUCAAACUGCAAUGUUUUCUCUGGUGGAAGAAAUUGAGUCAUUGGAAUUAUAUCAAUAUUUAAGGGACGCACUAACCAAUAGAUCAUGCUGUAGUGAAGCUUUGUUUGAUUUAAAAAAAGAAGAACAAGUCCUGGUGAAUGAAUGUGGCUUACCAUGUGUGUUAUGCUUGCCACAUUACAUGGUCAUCUUGCUUCACAUGCUUCCACUUUUUGGGCCAAAUUUUUCCACAGAGUUGAACCAGUUUAGUUUAACUGAAGAGGAAUUUAAAGGAUCGUAUUUAGAAGCUAUUCAAGUGUUGACUAGGGAUAACAAUGAGUCCAAUUGUUCAAAGAGUAACUGCUGCGAAGAAAAAACAAAUGGAAACACUGAAAGUAAUAAAAGAGGAAAACAUUUGCUUAAAAAUGAAAUCAAAGAACUUAGAAAGCAAAUGUUAUCAGUUCUUAAUAAAGACGCCCAAGUUUCAUGCUGUAUAUAAUACGGAUGUUUUACUGCAAAAUUUUACUCAAUAUUCAUUUCAUACUUUAUUAUUUUAUCUCGUACAACCAAGUUGCUAUAAUAUUGUUUGUAAAUUAUCCAAAUUUUAGAACUUGCUACAACUUUAAUAAAGAAUAAAUAGGAAUGUUU